GGGAAAAAUAAUUUCGCCUCCGGGCCAGCUAGCUAGCUGCGCGCGCUGGAGUUUCGCGAACGUUAUCUUUUCUCACUUUCUUUUGCACGUGGGCCGCGCGGGGGCCGGGGUGAAACAUGCGCGCUUUUUCAACGAGAUGUAACGUAGCUAAAGGAUCUAGAGCUAGCUAGCUAGAGCUAGAGAGAGAACAAAUUCCGGCGCUGGUGAGCGAUUGGAUCCUACGACUUACGAGUUGCCUGAAAUCCUGUAUCAAAAUUUUUUAUCAUCUUGUCCAUUCUCGUGUGUGACAUUGACACCAAUCGUAGCUUUAGGAAAAGCAAAUCAUGAAAUGAACAGCCAAAAACUUGACCUUUAACUAAAGUGUUAGGUCUGGUAUACUGCAUCAGGGACUGAAGAGAGAUCAGGACAUCUACCAACAUUGCUGGACAGCUAACAAAAUAUGUAUCCUGCAGGAGGCCCACCAAGUCAUAACCAAGGGUAUCCUGUGCAGUACUCAAACCAAGUGAAUUCAAGACAAUGUGGACCUGGGCCUCUGGUAAAUAGGCAAGGAACUAUACAGAACAUCCAACAGAGCAUGUUGGGUCCUCCAAUGCUGCCUACCAACUUUGCACCAGUUCCUGUGAUGACACCAAUGUGUCGCUCUGCUUACCUACCACCUCCACCUCAACCACAGUUCAUGCCCAGGGCUCUAUUGCCCAGCCAUAUUCCUCUACAUAAAGACAGCCAAGGUCCAGUUAUGCAACAAGAUAAUUUUCAGAGAGGGGGUAGAUCUUCAGGUCUUUCUCCUUCACACAGUAUGGCUAUGGGUGGCUAUGCCCACCAAGGUUCCACUCCUUCUGCACCUCCCCCUUUAUUCCGCCCAGGCCCCCAAACACCUUCGCCUAAAGGAGCAUCCAUAGAUGACCAGAAGAAGCUCAACAAAUCUGAAAAAGAAGAUCUGUAUCGCAUGUUUGGGGUUGUGUUACAGCAGCAUGGACCAAUAGAGGUGACUGAUAGCAGACUUCUAAGUGUGUUUAUGGGAUUGUCACCAUGGAUGCGCCAGGGUAUCAAGUAUCUUGGUGGUCUGAAGGACUUCUUCAGACAGGGAGACAUCUUUAAGGUCGAUGGAGAUGUUGUUUCAUUGGCAUGGCAAGAAGAGGAGGCAGAAGAUAAACCAAAGCAAAGCAAGAAACCUUGUCCUUCACCAGUGGCACCCAAACCUAAAUCCCCCAUCUCUUUCAAACCAAAGUCACCAGGCAAUGAGACAUGGGAUCUAGAUAAUGAUAGCAAAUCUAAGAAUAUACCUAAAUUACAAUCAUCUAUUGACAAUGGUUCAGAAUCAUCAGGAGAUGAUGGAGAUUGGGAGGGAGAGCAGAAGCAGGGCUGGUGGCUUUUAGACCCUCUCCCAGGGGAGGAUGAAGAUUGGAAGGAGAUGACACCCCUCCAGGGAAAGAUGGGAGGUGGAUACUAUGAGGAUUUCAGAAAAUUAGAAGAAAAAGAUAAAAAAGAUCCUGAGGAAACUCAGAAGAAACUAGUGUUCACAAGCCCUUCCACUGCUGGCAAUAAAACAGAAAAGGAAGUGAAUGCAUUGCCUAUGAAGAAAGAUGAGGGAAAUCUGAUGAAAGUACCGAAAACAAGCCCUACCAUGUUUGCCAGUGUAAUUGAAGAGGAACAGAAUGAAUCUUCUCCAAAGAAAGAUGACACAAUUCAAAAGAAGUUGGUAUUUACAAGUACUCCUUCCCUUGGAACAGAAAAUGUGAAGACUUCCCCACCAAAGAAUGAUAGCUCCACUCCUUGGAACUGGGAAGAGUCUGCCAUUGCUCAAGAAGCAGAGGCAGGAUUGAGACGAGAGUCUGUGCUAACCAAUAACACGAAGCAGUCGGGUCAUUCUCCUGUAUCACUCAGUAGGGAGAAUAAUAUGAAUGCUGCUAGAUCAUGGCCGUCAGAUGUCAAGGGACCAACAGAUAUGAAGUCUUUGGGAGAGAAGAGCGAUAGCAGUAGCCAGGAAGAGGAGUAUGAUGGACGGAGUACUGAGAUGGUUUAUCGGUCUGGGUCUCUUCAUCAGGCAGAAGAUGAUGUUAUCAUCCUUGAGGACAUUGAGGUUAGUGGUACAGAAGAGGAGAUUCGUAAAGCUGUAGAUGGUACAGAUAGUGCCGAGGAUAAGAGUGAUAUCUUCACAGAUGCUCUGGGCAGUGGCCAAGAGGAUGCAGAUAAAGUAGAUGAAGAUGAGCAAAGACCAGAAAACUACAUUGAAGAUGAUGUGGAAACAGGUAACAUAAAGGAAGAUGCUGACAAAAAGGACAUGAUGUCUGAUAUGAUUUCCAAAGUGAUCAAUCUUGCAAUCUCCAAGGUCACCAGCUCCCAACUUGAAGGUACUGGCAAUCAAGAAACUGACCAAACCACUGAUCAAGAGACAGACCAAAACAUACCCAUUUGUAGUAAUAUUUCCAUAAGUGCGGAAGAAGAGGGUGUGUCAUUCAGUCGCACGGAAUCGGGAUCAUCAAAAUCAGUUAGGAGUGUUGGUGUUGAAACACCAAAACCUCAACAAUCACACAAAGCAAUGUGUACCAGGGAAAUCAAAACACGAAGCAGCAAAGUCAACACCAUUACUGUGUCUACUAUCAACAGACGUGUGGGAACAGGAGAGGAUCCAAGAAUAGAAGAACUUACACGUGAUUUGGAAAAAGAGUCUCGCAGAUGCAGACAUCUUGCUGAUGACUAUGAAGACCUGUCUAACAAGUAUGAUAGACGGAAGUUGGAGUAUGCAUCAGAAACCAAAGAAAUAAAACGCAAACUGGACCAAACUACCAGAGACUUGGCGGAUUGCCAGCGCAAACUUUCAAGCAAGGGAAUUGUACAGCUUGAUGAAUUAAGAAAGACUACCAUGGAACUGAAAGAUUCAGAGAGCAGACUCAAUGCAGCAAAAUCAAAGAUUAAUCGAGCUGAUAAAGAAAAUUACAAUCUGACCAAAGAACUGGAGAAGACCACACGUCAGCUUUUGGACCUUGAGAAAUCAGAAGCCAAGAAACAGGAGAGUGGAAGAAGCCGUAGUACGUCAACAGGUGGACUGGAACAGGAGAAAGAUCUCGUCAUGGAGGAAGAGAACAAGCUAUUAAAGAUGAGAUCCAGAUCUGCUGAGCAAAAGGUAUUAGAACUUCAGUACCAGUAUGCAAUGCAGAGUCUCAACAAAGCUCUACAAGAAAGUCAGUACAUCUUUAGAAUGUAUGGUAACUCCCUCCUUAGUAGCUCUCAUCGUGAGCUGUUGCGUAUGAAGUGGAUGGAUUAUCAGAUGUACAUCAAGGAGAAGACUGAUGAAGUUGCCACAUCUUAUUAUAGCUCCCUCAAAGCUCUUCAUCAAGAAGUUCCAUUAGCCGACAUCCCAUCACUAAAAACCCAACAUGUUGAGACAUUCAAUCCAUACAAGCAAUCACCAGUAAAGGCUGGUGAGUUUGGCUACAUCAAUCCUGUUGUAACUGGCUUGGCUACACCAUCCCAGACCACCCUCUCUAUGCCUGUUGUACACCCUGGAGUGAUGGGUGCUGGAGUGGUAAAUCCCUCUAUCCCUGUGGCCCCUACCAGUGUACCUACCAAAGUUCCCCCAGGUCUUGCAGGAGCUGCAACCCAAGCUCCACCAGGACUCUCUAAUGCACAGGUUUCUGCAGGUAAUGAUCUCUCUAUGACCUACAUGCAAGCUCAGACCCAGAGAGGUGCCCCUGGGAAAGUAUCAAGGAGGGUACCACGUAAGGCUCCUAAGGCACUCCUAGCAGCAAACUUCAUGUCCUCUCUUCAACAUACCACCAAAGUGUAUGGCAGUGGAGCUGCAGUAACUCCUAGUCAACCACAGUUUGACAGGACGACUGGUGGGCAUGAUUUGGGUUCGCAAAGUCAAGUUCAUGAUUGGUUGGAUAAUAUGGAUACAGAUAGCACUCCACAGAAUCAAGUGAGCGCUCCAACAUCAAACGUACAACGACGACCAGCAGCCCAAAGUCUUACGGAACCCCAGAUCCCUACCCCAAUGGAUAUCACUGGCACACAGCAGCCAGAAGGUAUGGACACCCGUACUACCAGUGUACCAGACCAAGUGAUGAUGGCCCCAACGAGUGGCAUGACCAGACCUGCUGGUAUUGGGCGUGGUAAACCUCGCUCCACUUCAGGAAUGAGCACACAGCCUCCUGUAUUCCCUACUAUGGAGUCACACAGAGGUCCUGUUGAGGCUAUGGAUGUUGGUGUGAGAUCAAAGACUCCCGAGUUACCAGAUGCUGCCCCAAUAUUGAGUGAUACUGCUACCUCCACCAGUAGGGCAUCCUCCAUCUCCAACUCCCGUUCUGCAUCGCCGUUGCUCACCUCCCAGCUACCAGGAGUCAUGGAACGCCUUUCCCGUCCAUCUGGAUCCAAGCAGGCCUCCACUGCAGGGAGCUUCUCCAAGUUUACCUUCCAAGCAGCUGGAGUAAUGGAGCGUUUGUCCCGUCCGCCUGGAUCAAGGCGUGAAUCUCCUGCUGGAGCUGUGGCAGGAGCCAAUGCACAAACAGAAUCUGCUUCCAGACCACGUCCCUCCAGUGCAGGAGAUGCUCUGCUUGAAUCCCAAGGGAGCACCAAUGCUGCCAAGGUCAGAUCUGUAAGCCUUGGAGGAGGAGCAGGAGCAGGAAGUUUGCAAUCAUCAAAUGUACCUUCUACUGGUCAGGAACUUGCCCAGCAAGCCACCUCUGCCAAGAAAGAUGACUCCCAAGGUGGUGGCACAGGUAGUAUGCCUCGAUUCCGAUCUCGUCAGCUGAGGAUGCCGUAUCAUCGCGGUGCUGAAGAGGAGCAGAGUGGAGGAGCAUCAAGUGAAGGCAGUGGUGAAAGAUGGACUACAAAGAUCAACAAGCGCAAGCGUAGAGCUCUGAAUCUUGUUGAACAGCAGACACAAUUGAUCAAAGAAUACCGUCACCUGACCGGGUCACGUGACACCAAACCAAGUGAACCACCCCAGGGCAUUAGUCAACCUCAAAAGCAGGGUUCGUUGGAUAAACUGGUCUCCUAUCUCUCUAAGCAGUUCAAAAAUAUGACCAGGAAAGAGCUAACGGAUUCCAUCCUACAGGUUCGUUUGGAUCAUAACGGAAGUCUCAGUGGUAUUGCCAUGGGGACAAUCAUCUCAGAAGCUAGCAGUUACCUCACCCGAGCAGAAAAGAAGAAGAAGAGAAAGGAUUCUGAGAUAGUUGGUAUGUGUGCAGUCUGUCAAGAUGAUCUGUAUGGUGAUCCAGAUGAAAGAAAGCUAGAAUGUGGACAUAACUUCCACAAUAAGUGUAUCAAGUCAUGGGUGAAUGAGGAAGGGACAUGCCCGAUCUGUCGUAAACACACUCUCUUUCCAGAAGAUUUUCCCAGACUCCAGUGAAGUGCCACAGAUUACAAGUCUUUUCUUUGAAAACCGUACAUCAAUGUAUAUAUGUGUGCAUUUUCAUUCUUUUCUAUAAGUGUGUCCUAGUCUUUUUGUUGCUUUAUUUAACAAAGUCCUGAGAAAAUACGAAACAAUAAACCUUGAACUUUCACCUUGAUUUUGUUAUUGUUAUUACACGUCAAAAAUUGCCAACUCACAAAGUGUCAAAUACUGCCAACUCAAAAGUGCCAAAGUAUUAAGUUCAGUAUAAAAUAUGUAUGUAAAUGAAGUUUUUGUGUAUAGCCAUUUAAAUAGUUGUUGAUAUUGCAUUAAAAAAAUGGUGCAAAUUCUGUAUUAUUUUGAGCCACGUUUUUGUUUUUUAUUAGCAAUAUUACUUUUUUUUACAACAUGAAUAAAACAACUCUGCUAUCUUUGAAAAUCAUGUUUCAUAUUUUGUUUUUCUAUAUUCAGAUCAAACAUGAUACUCGUAGAAACAAGCAUAGUAUGUUUAGUUUUUUUUUUUCCUGAUAUGUUUCAAUAAGACAUUGAACUCCGACAUUUCUUGGUAAUGUAUAGGUUUGACAAAGUUAAAAUGAAAAAUAAUUGCAUUUGCUUUGUAGAGCAGUAGGCCUACCAUCAUGUAUGUUUUUAGAUUAAGUUUAGUUUAGUGUAUGGGUAUUAGUUUUGAUAUCUUUGUUAUGUAGGAAUCAGAUAAAUAUGGAUGUCACAUUUGGAGCUGUGUAGCUGGAUGCCUUUGCUCCUGGAAUAGAAAAGAAAUUCUUAAAUAUCACUGGUCUUUGUAUUUGGGCCUUAAAAAUUGUGAACAUUAUAAUUAUUUUCAAUGAUUUGUGAAAUGUAAACUUCUACAAAAUGCUGUCCUGUCACAUGACUGUUGUUUCUGAUAUUUAAAUCUUAAUUUCAAGUCCAAUAUGUUUCCAGCCACUUUUAAUUGACUGACCUGGGGCCCGUUUCAUUAAGAGUUACAUAUGUUGUAACUUUGCCAUUAUGGCAACUACCAUGGUAAUCUUGAUUGCGAUUGGCUGCUGAACCCUGUUACCAUGGUAGUUGCCAUAAUGGCAAAGUUACAACAGUUUAAACUCUUUAUGAAACGAGCCCCAGAUAGAUAAUUGCUUGUCCACCCUAGCAAUAAGCUUUGAAUGUUUGGGUUAAAGGGAAAAGUUAUGACAGAAAUUUUAGUUUUAGAAUAGAGUGAGAACAAGGAUUUUGGAUAGUAUGGAGCACACAGGCUUAUUCUUGACUUGAUAUACAGGUUUUCCAUAGAGCUAUUUUCUUUCAAAUAAAUGUCAUGUGAUCCAGCAUUAUAAAUUGCGUCUAAUGAAACGUCUGCACAGAGACCAUCAGCGGGGAAAAUUAGUAUGAUUAUUUUAGCCCUUUGUGCUCUUUAAACUAGCAGUUGCAUUUUUUAGAGAAUGCAUUAGAACUACAUAUAUUUCUGUGACUCUUACAAGAAUAAUUUGCACCCCUUUUUAUAACCUAUAUUUUCAGGUUGCAAGCUUAUUCCAUUAUGUUCAUUGAAAUGGAGAUUGUUUGAAAUAUGCUGAAGUAAAAAGUGAAGAGGCUGAAUAAAUAAUGUAAAUAAAUAAGUCUCUCUGAAACAUUCCAAAAAGGUUAUGCAAAGAGACUAUCAGUAUUAUAUAAAGAUAUUAAUUUAUGUUGUAGCAUGAACAUGAUGAUCACCAGGUCGAAGUGCCAAAAUACAUGUAGGUGGAGAUCAAUUAAAUGUUUUACUCUUGGUUUUGAAUGUUUUUGUAUUUUCAGAGAAUAUGUAUUGCCACUAACCUAAUGAAUAUGUGAGUUACUUUUGUGUCGUAAGCCAGUACUUGAUUCACUAUUUGCUUGGAGGUCUAUUUCAUUUUCAACUGUUGUCCUCAUAAUUUGAUUUAUUCUUAUGAUGUAGUAAUCUGGAGAGCUCAGAUCAAGCUCUCCAAAGUGGAAUCCAAAGGGACUGGAAAGGAAAUUGAUGACAUUAUUUAAGAAGAAAAAUAUGUUUUAUAGGGAGCUGGAGCUGAAAUCAGUUUCAAAGGCAAAGACUUCCCAUAGAAAGGUCAAUUUAAAGAAAUCAAGAAUAUUCUUACCUUAUAAGGUUGAAAAUUACAUCAAACAUAAAAUGAAGAAAAAAUAUAUCACAUUUAAAAUUUUGCAUAAUUGACAAAACAGUUUAACAAACGAAUCAGCAGGUGAGCAAAUGAGUGACGUCACCAACCCACUAUCUUCAUUUUAUGAAAUAGUAAAAUUACAUUGUAUAUACAGGGACACUUCCCUGGUAUAUACAAGAGAGGGAACAGAUGUUACCAACUCGCCAUUUUUUAUAUUUCAAUUUUUUUCCAAAUAAUCCAAGUUGGAUUGUCCCAUGAACAUGUGGAUUGCUGUAACCUAUUGUGAUACAAUCAAGGUUUUCCCUGUUAUAACAAAUUUAUUUCAUAUGAUCAAAUACAGAAGAAAUAGUGUAUGACAUCAUAGGCUAUCUCAUUAACAUAUCACCUGUCUUGUGAAUUAAACUGUUAUGUGCAACCCCCCCAAAAAAAAAUUAUUAAAUACCACAUCUCAUUUUAAAAACAA